AUGCUCGACAUCGGUCUCAGUCUCUCGUCGACCCGCCAACUUAUGCUCAUAGUCUCCGCUACGACUUUCCUGCUUCUCACUGUCGCCUUCUUCCGCCUCAUCUCGGUGCUAUCUCGAGAACCUCCGUCGCCACGUCCACGCCGCUCUGCCCUCGAUCCAACACAUGUUCUGAUUGUCCUGGGCUCUGGCGGCCACACAGCGGAGAUGCUGAACAUCCUCUCCCAAACUCCACAUUUGCAACUCGACUUCACAUAUCGCACCUACGUGGUCAGCUCGGGCGACGAUUUUUCCGCGCUGAAAGCUCACGAUUUCGAAAAGUCACUGCUCUCCAACCUCGAAACUUCAGGCAUUAGUAUCCCUGAGGGGACGGGGACGAAUUACGACGUCGUAACUGUCUAUCGCGCUAGGAAAGUCCAUCAAAGUCUCCUGACCGCUCAGAUAUCAAGUCUGCGGUGUCUGUGGGACUGUUUUGCCGUGCUGAGAGGCACGCAUCGCGACAUCGGCCCCCAACGUCGAACACGGGCUACUCGCUUAUACCCAGACUUGAUUCUUACUAAUGGGCCCGGAACGGGAGUCAUUGUCAUUCUGGCCUCGAUCAUUCUACGCUUCUUCGGGUCCAACAGCCGGGCCAAUUCGUGGUGGCAAUCUACAAAGCAAACUGUACACUCGGCCGGAUCCCGCGAGCGACAAAAUGUCUCAUAUACGCAAGCCGGCCAGAUGCGCAGCAUUUUCAUUGAAAGCUGGGCGCGCGUCAAGUCGCUGAGUUUGAGUGGCCGCCUUUUAAAACCCUUUGUGGACCGGUUUGUUGUGCAGUGGCCGCAGCUGGUUGAGGAGGGAGAGUCCAGGGUAGAGUAUAUUGGACCUUUGAUAACAUAG